UACCAAUCGUGUUUCGGUACGGAUCGAGUAGUGACAUGCUGAGCGCCUCUUGGAUAAAGACUACGUUUGUUCCCAAGCAGUUGGGUUUCACACAUGAUUGUAAAUCAAUUUGUGAAUAUCUUGAACCAUAUUACAAUAAUCUUGUAUGAACUGACUGCAUUCAUCCUCGCGGUGUAAGGAACGGAGGCGCAUCAUGUCCCACCAUGCUCUACUUUCUGCGGGCUGUACGGCGUGGCGGUCACUGUCUUGCCCGCGGUCAGAGCUUCGGCUGGACCUCACACUGGGAUGUGGACAGACGUUCCGAUGGCGUGAGACUGCAGAUGGACACUGGACAGGAGUGAUGCGGGGGAGAGUGUGGACAUUGACUCAAACAGAGGACGUGUUAUGGUACUAUGUGUACAGUCAUCAGGGAAACCAAGAAGCAGAACAUGGAUGCGAACGUAAGGUAGAAGGGGAGCUGCAGUUAUCAGGGAAGAGAUCGAAAGGAAUAAUUGAAAUAAAGCAGGAAGAGGCAAGAUCGUGCACAGUGAUGCCAGAGCUUGACAACAAAGAUGAGGAACUUCUGAAGGACUUUUUCCAGUUGGGUGUUAAUUUAGGGGACCUCUAUAGGGACUGGAGCGCAGAGGACCCCCACUUUAAACACACAGCUAAUAUCUUCAGAGGAGUGCGUAUGUUGCGUCAAGACCCUGUGGAGUGUCUCUUCUCAUUCAUCUGUAGCUCUAAUAAUCACAUCUCACGGAUUCAGGGCAUGAUCGACAGACUGUGUCAGACACUGGGGAACCCCCUCUGCAAGCUUGAUGAUGUGGCUUAUCAUGAUUUCCCCCCUCUGCCCGUUCUAUCAGAGACUACUGUAGAGAUGCGUUUGCGUGAUUUAGGUUUCGGCUACCGUGCAAGAUUCCUGCAGCAGAGUGCUCAAAUCAUUGUAAACUCUCAUGGACCCGACUGGUUCCAGUCACUCCGCUGCGCCCCCUACUUGCUUGCCAGGAAUACACUCAGAGCACUACCUGGCGUUGGUCUUAAGGUGGCCGACUGUGUAUGUUUGAUGUCACUGGACAAGUCUGAGGCUGUUCCUGUGGAUACACACGUGUGGCAGAUCGCCAAGCGUGACUACAGCUGUGCUGCCGGUAGCAGCCAAAAAACACUGACAGAUAAAGUCUACAAAGAUAUCGGUGAUUUCUUCAGAAAACUCUGGGGUCCUUAUGCUGGCUGGGCUCAUUCUGUACUGUUCUGUGCUGAUCUAAAGAGAUUUCAGAAGCUGAAAGAAGGCAUUCCUUUACUGAAAGACGACAAGAAAGAGGUGAAGAACAAGAAAAAAAGAAAAAUGAAUAAAAAGAGAGAAAACAGCAAGCAUCAGAGGACAUAACUCUGGCUUGGAUAAUGUCCAUCACUAAACCAAUUACACUACAGCUAGAUACACAAAAAAAAAAAUUAAAAUAUAAUUUGUGUUGUUUUCCAGUAGAAAAAUCUAAACAUCUGAAAACAAAAUAUAUUUACAAGUAAAUGGUAAAACAAGAUGCAACAAAAACUGAUUGAGAAAAUUGAUUAGUGUGUGUUAUUUUUUUAUAUAUAUAAGUUGAAUUUGUUGAAUAUAAAUCAGAAUAUGAAAUGUUUCCAUUUUUCAGUAAUUUUAAAGAAAAAGAAUAUUGUGCAUAUGUGUGUGUAUAUACAGUAUGUGCUCAAAUGUGUAUCAUAAAUGAAUUGUUUAUCUUUUUUAACAUUUUGAAUUUGAGAAAUAUAUUUGAUAAAACAUGUUUGCUAUCUUUGCAGAACCAUAUUACAUAUUGUGCAAGUACAAUUUUAAUCAAUGGUAUAUUCUAUCAUUUCCCUAUUAAAGGAAUGGUUCACCCCAAAAAAUUAAAUUCUGUCAUUUAUUUACUUAACCACAUGUCAUUACAAACCCAUUUGACUUUCUUCCAUGGAACACAAAAGUAGAUGUUUUUCAAAAUGUUCACACUGCUCUUUUCCUUUCAGUGAAAAUAUACAGUGACCAGUGGCAGUGCCCCCCAAAAGAAAACCGCAUUAAAACAUCUAUAUAUAUACAAUAUAAGUAUUGUCCAUGUUGUUUGUGAGAUAUAUCACAGUCUCCUUAAGUCGAACAAACUGAAAUGGAAGUCAUCAUUAUUCAAGGAAAAUCUUCCACCCUACCAAAGUUCUCAGUGGUCACUGAAUGUUUUCGUUGUAUGGAAAAGAGCUGCAUGAACAUUUUUCAAAAUAUGUCCUUCUGUGUUUCACCGAAGAAAGUCAUACAGGUUUUGAAUGAAAUGGGUGAGUAAAUGAUUAUUAAUUUUUCGUUGAACUAUUCCUUUAAAAUACAGCUUACACACUUAUUUCUAUAGAAUCAUAGAAGAAAUUCACUUUACUGAUCAUAGCUGAGUCAUAGCUCCUUGUAUAAGAACUGUCUACUGCAGUGUUUCCCAACCACUGUGCCACGGCACACUAGUGUGGUGUACAGUGGAAAAUUAUCAAAUUCCACAAAAUAAAUGCAUGAAAAAAAUUAUUUCAGGGAUCAAAACUCCUUACCUUUCGGAUAAAUUUGCCAUUUUGGAACUAUGAUUUAUUGUAUCACUUUUGUGAUUGUGAAGAGCAAUGCUUGAGUCAUUCUAUGAAACGGGUGCCAUUUGGGUCCGCAAAGUUUGAUGAGAUGCAUAAGGCACAAAAAAAUGUCCCAAAGUGUGUUUUCAAAGCUUAAAGUUAUUCAAUCAAGUGUUCUUGUUAACAUGAUAUAUGAUAAAAAUACUAUUCUUAAAGAGUAACAUAAUAUUUUUAAUCAUAUUUCAUUAGUACAUAGCAAUUUCACAUGUCCGUGUUGACCAACAUGACUUUGCAUCUAACAUAUCACCAAAUAAGUUAUAUAUUUUUUUCAAACAUUUAUUAUUUUCAGGAUUUUAUGUGUGUCCCUGUAUAUAUAAGAUAUAUUUAUUCAAAAUAAACCUUAUUUUUUUGUAAAUAUUUUCUGAUUUGUGUGCUUCCCUCAGUUUGACUUACCACCCCGUCACACUAACUUGUUUUAUCUAUAAAUAAUGUACCGUUGCUUUAAAUGACAUCACAAAGUGGAAAUUACAUAAUUUGAUCCUUGUAGCCAAAAAGAACAAAAGCAGGCAAGUACUGACAUUAUUUUACUUUGUUUAUUUGUUGCUUUUUCAUGUUUGGCAGGGUCCGUCAAACUCAAACCGUCAUGCAAAAUAGAUAGGGAAAACCGUAUUUAUAAAAAUUUAUAUAUUAUUAAUGUAAAGAAAAUUAUAUUUCAGAUUUAAUGCAUUUAUGCUAUGUGAGGAACUUGACCACAUGUGAGAUCUGCAGCCAUUUUGGGAUGAAAUUUACCACCCUGUCACAUACCACCCCGUCACAUGUUUUAUUGUGACGUGGUGGUAAGGGAUGUGAUGGGGUGGUUCUGCUUCCCGUUUGAAUGUGAGUAUGUGUGAAAACAAGGAUUAAUAUAGGCUAAUCAAUUUAUUUUAUGUUAACUUAACCUGUUUGGUUCACUCACUCACACACUCAUCACUCACUCACUCACUAUCUCUUUCUCUCACUCACACACUAUCUCUUUCACUCACUCACUAUCUCUUUCAGUCACUACUUACUAUUUCUUUCAGUCAGUCAUCAUUUAUCUUUUUUAUUUACUGUACAACUUCCUUUUUAGAGUUGAAUGCAAAAAGUAUUGUGAUGUAUAUGAUCAAAGUUUAGAAAAUGUUCUUUCAUUAUUACAAGGAAGAACAACAUUUGUUUGUUUAUAAUUUUAUUGUAAAAUGUUCAAAAUUUUAUUGAUUCUAAUGUUUGC